CGCCAUUGGUUGAAAAACUAGGUUAGUGGUCCGACAGGCAUGACGAUGAAGAGAAACUGGGUCACCGAUCGAAAAUCGUUUAUGUCACAGUUCUGUGGGUUGCUGUACCAGCGGCUUUCAAUGGAUAGACUAAUCUCACUGGACUUAUUGGCUAGACGGGUUGCACCAGCUGCUUAAGGAUCAGACCAUAACGGGCCAGACUGACCACAUCAAAACGGAUGAAACUAGGUCAGGCUGAAUCAAACCAAAUCAGAACGGAGCAGAGCAGACUGAUCCAGACUAUACUAGGCCCGUCCAGGAGACCUGUUCCAGUUUCCUAUCCAGUUUUAGAAUGGCUCCUCUCCUGCUGGGACUGAACAGAUAAUUUAAAACGUGAUGUAUUGCUGUGUUCACAGUUGAGGGCUUAAGAGUGGAUGGAAGGAGAUGAUUUUAACACAGAGGCUGUGAUGAACAUCUGUGAUGACCUGAUGGCAGACCAAAGGAUGGACAUCUCGUCUACAAUGACUGACUUCAUGUCCCCCGGCUCCACCGACCUCAUCUCCAGCUCCAUCAGCACACCUGGCAUGGACUAUACCCGCAAGAGGAAGGGCAGCACCACCGACUACCAAAUUGAUGGCUUCUCAUUUGAUGACAUGGACCCAGACAAAGAUAAACUGGGAAGUGACCAACAGGGCCGGAUUAAGAAUGCCAGAGAGGCUCACAGCCAGAUCGAGAAGCGUCGCAGGGACAAGAUGAACAGCUUCAUCGACGAGCUGGCGUCACUGGUGCCCACCUGUAACGCCAUGUCCCGCAAGCUAGACAAGCUGACGGUCCUGCGCAUGGCUGUCCAGCACAUGAAGACACUCAGAGGUGCAGCCAACCCGUACACAGAGGCCAACUACAAGCCUUCCUUCCUCUCAGAUGAUGAACUGAAGCACUUGAUACUUAGGGCUGCUGAUGGUUUCCUGUUUGUGGUUGGGUGUGACCGUGGAAAGAUCCUCUUUGUUUCUGAAUCAGUCUACAAGAUUCUCAACUACAGCCAGAACGACCUGAUAGGUCAGAGCCUGUUUGACUACCUUCACCCCAAGGACAUUGCCAAGGUCAAAGAGCAGCUGUCCUCUUCUGAUACAGCCCCACGUGAGAGGCUCAUUGAUGCAAAGACUGGUCUUCCAGUGAAGACAGAUAUCACCCCCGGCCCAUCUAGACUCUGUUCUGGAGCCAGACGGUCGUUUUUCUGCAGGAUGAAGUGCAACAGGCCCUCCGUCAAAGUGGAGGAUAAAGACUUUCCCUCCACCUGCUCUAAGAAAAAAGCGGACCGUAAGAGCUUCUGCACCAUCCAUAGCACGGGCUACUUGAAGAGCUGGCCGCCCACCAAGAUGGGUCUCGACGAGGACAACGAGCCCGACAACGAGGGCUGCAACCUGAGCUGCCUGGUGGCCAUCGGCCGCCUGCACCCCCACAUCGUCCCCCAACCCAGCCUGGCAGACAUCAGGGUGAAGCCCACAGAGUACGUCUCCCGGCACGCCAUCGACGGCAAAUUCGUCUUCGUUGACCAGAGAGCCACAGCCAUCCUAGCCUACCUGCCCCAGGAGCUACUGGGAACCUCCUUCUAUGAGUAUUUCCACCAGGACGACAUCGGCCACCUGGCAGAGUGCCACAGACAAGUGCUGCAGAUGAGAGAGAAGAUCAACACCAACUGUUACAAGUUCAAGAUCAAAGACGGCUCCUUCAUCACGCUGAGGAGCCGAUGGUUCAGCUUCAUGAACCCCUGGACCAAGGAGGUGGAGUACAUCGUCUCCACCAACACUGUUGUGUCGUGUCCUAUGAUGGAAGGAUCAGACUACCCUCAAUCUGCUGCCUCACCACAGAGUAUGGACAGUGUUCUCACCUCAGAGGGUGGAGGAAGGCGGGCGCUGCAGACGGUGCCCGGCAUCCCCGGUGGCACAAGAGCGGGAGCCGGCAAGAUUGGACGCAUGAUUGCGGAGGAAGUUAUGGAGAUCCAGAGGAUUCGAGGCUCCUCCCCCUCCAGCUGUGGCUCCAGCCCUCUGAACAUCACCAGCACCCCUCCACCUGACACCUGCUCUCCAGGGGGCAAGAAGAUUCAGAAUGGAGGGACACCCGAGCUGCCGAGCACAGGGAUCAUUCCUGGACCUGAUUCUGUGGGCUAUCCCUACUCCAACCAGUCCAUCAUGAGUGACAACUCCCACCUGAGCAUAGACAUCAUGGACGACCCUGGUUCCAGCAGCCCCAGCAACGACGAGGCGGCCAUGGCGGUCAUCAUGUCCCUGCUAGAGGCUGACGCUGGCCUGGGCGGCCCUGUCGACUUUAGCGACCUGCCCUGGCCUUUGUGAGGAAGCUGAAAGGGAAGAAGCAGAGGGAGAGAGGGAGACUCCCUCUUAGCACAAGAGCCACUGAUGGAGAGAGUUCAGUCAGGUUGAAUUCUGGCUGCCAUGUUUCCUGCCCUGUGUACACAACUACACUGCAAAAAAUGUCCAUCUUAACAAAUGAUUUUUUUUAAAUUGAAAAGGCUGCAGAUACUGAAGAUUUUUCCUAAAAGUACUACACACAAGAGGAGACAAGGUUCUCACUGCUGUUCGGAUUACACUCCUACUUUUUGAUUCAUCAUUCCCUGUAGGUGGACAAGUGACCCUGAAUUUCAUUUGGGCAGACUGAAGGAUUUCUAUAUAAAAUCCUGCUCCAAAUGAUGAUGAAUGUUAAGUUGAUCCUUUUUGCAGUGUUAGUUGCCUGCAGACGAGACGUUCCCUAACAUUGCCACGGCGAGAGACCAUUACUCUAACAAUAGUCCAGCAAAUGGAAUCUUAAGUUACAGGACUGCGGUGCUAACGUGUCUGCUGAUGGACUGAACUCUGUCUAACAGUGGCUCUGGGCCCUGUCAUUGCCAGGUCAACAGCCAACCCCAAACCAACACAGGACUCCUGAGACGUUCACAGACAGUAGUUGAAGUUUGAUGUGCUCUGGAGUGAUGUUAGGGUGGGGAGCGCUUGAUUUCCGCCUCCUGCCGCAGCCCUCUCAACAUCUCUAACUGUACGUUCAAGUCUCCUCGUAGGAUGUUGAUGCCGAAAAUGGCUGUUUUAGCCAGCUGACCUCCAACAUGGGAAACACACAACAGUUAUCCUCUGAAGAUACAAAAUUCCACAAACAAGUGUAUUUCAGUUCAUUUAGGUAAUGACAAAAUCCUUUUUGAAAAAGCCACCUAGCUGCUGUUUCCUUAACUAACAGCUACUCUAAAGCUUAUCCUCACUAAAUUAUAUUUUCCCAGAAGAUUUGAGCAGAUUCUAUAUUUUUCCAUUAAUUUUAAACGCAGCUGAUCUGCAUAAAACUACUGCAGUACUUCUAUACAAAGUAAGUUAUGAUAAAUUAAAGCUGUCCAAAAAUAAUAAUACUAUUAGAUCUUGCUGCAUAAAUUAAUUUAAAGAGAGACUUGACCUGAAAGGGACACUCAGACACGGUCUGAAUAGACUCCAGGAUAAUUAUACCUGAUCCAAAAUGCGAUUUGAUUGAAACACACUCAAAUAGAGAGAGAACAUCAACACUGGCAGCAACAUGAUGCGCAACCAAUCAUGUCCCAAUCAGUAUUCUGAUCCAGCACAGGUCCUGAGAACAUAUUUCUUUGCCUUUGUGAUCAGAAAAUUUUAAAACUGACCUAACAUGUCCGUCGGCAGUACCUGGUCUUGAAUUUAGGAACAGCCCCCUUCUAACUUGUUUUGCUGGAGUUUGGAGAAGUUAAAGAAAAAAUACCUCUGAGUUAAAUUCUGCUGCAAAAAAGACAGAUUUACAGUAAGUGGAUUUUUUUUUUUUAAUCCUACAGUUACUGUUGAAUUUGGUCUGUUUAGCACUUAAUAAUACACAGAUGUACUGUGGCUACACGUCACUGUCAAUGCAAACUACCUUGUUAGCAGAGAGGGCUAUAAUGUAGACGGGGCGAGUAUAGAAACAGACAAAUGUCGUAUGGAGGUGACAGUAAUCCAGCAGAGUAGGACUUUGUAACGGGGAUAGAUCUGAUCGACAUUCUCUAAUCAUGUCCUGCGACAGUUAACAGGGUCAGGAGGGACGGCCAGGAGCGUCUGAAUGGAAUUCCUCAUUUCAGUGUCCGUUUUUCCUCCAUAAUGAAUAUCCUCAACACGACCGAGCUCUCUGCUGCUCACAGACCUUUUGUUGUCAGAGUUGGAUUAGAGGUGGACGUGUUGAGAGGAGUCUCAAGAGUCCUACUGCCUGCCUGUAUGGAAAGAAAAUGAAUUUGGCCGCAAUACAUUUCAAGUGCAUUUGAUGUCCAGACUGCAUUUGUAAAAAUGAUUUCAACUAAUGCCAAAAUGUACGUCUCAGAAAAGUAUUCCAAGAAAGAUAAUUUUACUAAACAUAUUUGAAAAAAAUAAAUAUAAUAUAAAUAUAUAUAUAAUAAAAUUUGUUGAACUAGUUGGAAAAUGUUUUUUCCUUACUUAAAAUUUUAUUGUAGCUUUGACUAUUUAAUGUCGUGGAACUAUUCGAAACCAAGCUUUCAGGGGGAUUAAAAUAGACAAAUAUAACUGAUAAUAAAACUUAUCAUUUUUAUCAUUUUGGUUCAUGUCGUACAAAUUGACCAAGGACGUCAUUUCCGGCCACCAUCUUUGUUUGGAUUAGGACAGAGUUGCAACUUGGGAAAUGGGUUGAAAAUUGGACGGAAUGUUUUUGUUUUAUCCAGAUGGUUAGAGGAGUUUUGAGGAUUCUGGAAACACCUUAAGAACAGCAGUUAAUGUUGUUUAACAACUGAGUUUUUCAGGGUUGCCAGGGAUUCAUGUUUCAGAAAAGCAGAUGCUUGGCUGUGUGAUUUGAGUGUGAUGUUCAUAAAUGAGAGGCACAAACUGGGCAAACACAUUUUCUUUUCAUAUGGGCAGAAAGUUUUUAAUCUCUGGCUUGAUAUCAACCAGUUGUGGCUGAACAUUUGGCAGCCCUUUUUAAAAUGAGUCUAUCCAAUCGGGGAUGCAAAAUGGUGCAAGUUGAAGAGCCACAGCAGUUCCUGUCUGGCCCAUCUGUGUAAAUCCCUCGGUCUGUGUACACAGGUGGGUUGAAACAGGACUGUUGACAUUAAAAUACCUGCCAAACUCAGGCCCCGCCCCCCUCCUGUCCUCCUCCUAUCAGGCAGCAGCUGGCAAGGUCCCCUCUGUAUCUGUUCUAGUGGUUUUGUUUUAAUGUUUUUAUGCUACACACUACAAUAAAGUGUUCCCCUUGUUGAUAUACCCCUCCCCACCUGACAAUAAUGUAUCAAAUCUUUAAAUAUUAUCAUGUUAAGAGUAUACUUUAUGCAAAUAUAUGAGUAUGAUGAGUGUAUUGUAUGUAUCAGCAGUGAAAUAUUUUUAAAAUAAAAUUAUUUGUUUCUGUCA